GGUAACCAAGGUGUAUAGAGAAAUGUGGGGAAAUGUUGACUGUGCUAGGCCGGUUUUCCGCGCGUACAAUUUCAUCUGCAGCAAACAUCUCCUUCAGCCGGUCUUCGCGUACUAUCAUCAAUCGUGCAGGAACUUCACACAUAAAACGUGCUACCGUGAAUCCUUUUAAAACAAUGACGACCAACGUGCCGGAACCAGCAAAACGAUUCAAGGACGAUCAUCCGAGUGCGACAUCAGACAGGGUGAAGAUUGGUACCCACGAUGGCAUUUUCCAUUGUGACGAAGUCUUGGCUUGUUUCAUGCUGCAGCAGCUUCCGCGAUACACAUCGGCGGAAAUUAUUCGAACCCGAGACACGAGCAAGCUGGACGAGUGUGAUAUAGUUGUGGAUGUUGGUGCUACAUUUGACCGGGACCGGCAUCGUUAUGAUCAUCAUCAGGGUACGUUCAACGAGACGCUACGGACGCUCCGGCCUGAUAUGGAUGUCAAAUGGGACGUACGGCUGAGUUCUGCGGGACUAAUAUUUACGUACUUUGGCGAGGAAGUGAUCAAGCAGAUACUGAAGGAUAAGUUGGGACUGGAGCAACUAAGCGCCGAAUGUUUGCGUUCGGUGUACAAAAAAGUGUACGAAGGAUUCAUCAGCGAGAUCGACGCAAUCGACAAUGGUGUACCGAUGUUUGAGGGCGGAGAGCCACGGUACAACAUUUCCACCCAUCUUAGCGCACGUGUUGCCUCAUUUAAUUCUCGCUGGGACGAACCAACCCCCGAGUCUGGUUCAUUGGAACGCUUCGAAAAGGCCAAAGCGUACGUAGGGCAGGAAUUUGUCGAAAAAGUUACAUACUACGCCAGCAGUUGGUGGCCAGCGCGCGAUAUCGUGUCGAAAGCGUUGGCUAAUCGUAUCGCUUUGCACGAGUCGGGUGAAAUUUUGGAGCUCGAGAAGCCAUGCCCGUGGAAGGAACAUCUUUACCAGCUGGAACAGGAACAGAACAUUGUUGGGACACCGAAGUACGUUAUCUACAGCAAUAAGGAAAACGAUUGGCGCGUCAUAUGUGUGCCGGUGCAACCGUCCAGCUUUGUGUGUCGAAAGUUUUUAGCCAAACCGUGGCGUGGAACUCGAGAUAGUGAACUGGAGCAAAUUUCGGGCAUUGCGGGUAUUAACUUUUGUCAUCAGAACGGAUUCAUUGGCGGUAGCAAGACUCGCGAAGGGGCGCUGAAAAUGGCAAUAGCCAGCUUAGCGGCCACGGAGGAGGCUUGAUGUGUCUGUGACUAUUCGAAAUUUUCGUCAGAAUAAAAGAUUUAGCAGAAAAA